AUACGAUAAAAGUAAAAGAAGUCAAAAGUAUUAUAGAGCAGACUAAAGAACUAUUUCUGAUGUUUCCAUCAUUUCAUCUUUACUUUAUUCCCGCAAGGGGCGCUUGGUCUUCCGUCAUUUUGCAUAGAAGUUGGCUAGCUGAGUUGUACAACGGAUUUUGUGAAUUUUCAUUUGGCUAACCUAGAUAUGUAUAUUUGAAUACAUCGUAGAAGUUUACUAUGGGAAUUUUAGGGUUGGGAUUCUCAUGCUCCAUACACGGGGAAGCACCGAUGCAAGGAUAUAUAAGACGUGGCACCUAUUUCUUCGUAUCAGUUAGUACAUCGAUCGUAAGUUUAUUAUGUUUUAAAAUUUAUUUACAUAUUCUAUUGAAUUACGCAUUACCAAAAGUUUUGAUGUGUAAAAUCUAUGUAAUUUUGUACUUGUAAAAAAUUUUGCGCCUAUAAUGAGUACAAUGUCUAGUAUGGAUCCAGUUUGGAAUGAAAUGUUGAAAAUUGCUGAGAUACAGCAACAAGAAUAUUAUGAACUUUUGGCGGAAUGGACACUGUAUGAGAAAGAUAAAUAUAAGUAUUUAAGACAAAAUAUUGGGUUUGCAAUUUAUGGUCCUGCAUCAGAAGAUAAAACGGCUGAUGUUGUAUUAUAUGAUAAGGAUAAAAUAACUAAUAACUGCGAUUUAGUUGAAACAUUUUAUUAUUCGAAGAAAGCAGAAAAGACUAUAGAUAUUAUAUAUAACAAAAUACUUCAAUUUGGAGAAGAAAACAUAAAAGCAGAGACAGGAGAAAAAUCAAACACAAAAGGAGUUUACUAUGGAGUAAUUUUCAAUUUAAUAUUCCGUCCUAAAAAUACGUCAGUUAAUAAUUCAGUUCAUCUUACUUUAAAAGAGGAAGAUGAAAUAAAUAUAUGUUCAACGCCAAUAUUUAAGAUAAAGUAUUCGCAAUGUAAAGAGCAACAAAUUUGGUAUAUUGAUAUUUACGGCAGGGUAUAUAAAAGUUGGACAGAUUACAAGGAAAACAAUACUUUACCACCAUGUACCAUGGUUCUUCCAAAGGAUGGAUUUUAUCAAGCGAAUACAACUUAUGAAAUUACUGAAAAAUAUUCAACAGUAUGGUUAGAAAUUGUAUACUCACCUGCAUGUAAUCCUAUAAAUACUUUUUUUAAUAUAGCAGAUACAGCUUCUAGUGUAAUAGGUAUGACUGGAGUUGCUUUAGGAGUUGCAUCUCUUUUUACACCUAUUGGUCCAGUUGUGCUAGGUGCAACAGCAUGUUCUGGGGUAACUGGUGCAUGGACAAUGGGUAGAUCAAUACAAAACUUAGUAGACAGAAGCUCUCAUGAGGAAACUAUAAAUCCACUAGAGGAUAGAGGUGCAUUUUCUUCAUGGUUAGGUAUAACUGGCAGUACAAUUGGUAUAGCAGCUUUAGGUGGAUCUUUUGCUAUUACUAAACUUGUUCAGAAUGGUAGUAAUAUAGGGACUGCAACUAGAUUUGCAUACAAUACAUUAAUAUUAAGUAAUUUAGGUAUCAAUGGUUUUGGUGUAGGAUAUCAAGCAUACUGUAUCUAUAAUAGAUAUCGGGAAGAUGGCACAGUUCAUUUUUCAGAUGUAGUAUCUCUGACAGCUCAUAUUUUGUUCUUUGGUAACACAGUUCUAAAUAUGCAGUUUGCAGCAGAUUUAAUUGAAUCUACACAAGGUAACAUUUUAGAUAACUAUAGAAGCACUUUACGUUCCAAAAAUCUUCGUAGAAAAUUUAAUCAUGCGAAGCGGAAUGCUGCUGCAAAUAAUACAGAUAAAAUAUUUGAAAAUGCUGAAGUUAUACGUUACAUCAAUAACAAGCAACAGUUACGACUUGAAAAUAAUUUGGGUGCCAUUCCCACUCACAUGCCUACCAUAUCUUUGCAAAAUCAUGAACUGAUAAUUUGUGGUAUAAGUUUACUAGAUCCAAUGAAAUUUGCAGACAUAUUAUUUGCACAUGACAAGAAUGAAAAUAAAUAUUCAUUUAACAAAGAGAAUAGCAAUGCUCAAGAUAAAUUGCCUCAGUUAAAAGAUUUGCUAUUGUCUUUAUUAAAGGAUGCAUUUUUAAAUAAUGGGAACAGUAUAAAAUAUGAUGUUGAUCAAUUUAUUGAAAUUUUAAAUGAUAUAAGAUACAUGAAGAAUGCCUCAUGUUUUCUUCUUAUAAUAUUUAAAAUAUCUCAUGCUCUGAUAACAAAAUCUUCAUUUGAUUCAGAGUAUUUACAUAAAGCAGUUCAUUUUGUAUGGAAUUAUAUAAAAGAAAAUUUUAGAUAUUUAGAUACAUCUUCCAUUAAUGAUGAACAAUUGCAAAAACUAUUGAAUAAAAUAAUAGCAGCCUUGUUUGAAUACAUGGCAGUUACUAUAAAAGAGUUAUCACCUGCUUUUGCAAAAUAUAUGGAAAAAUAUGGAAUUUUACCUAACAAUUUUACCUAAUAUAAUAAAAAAUUGACUCAUGACAUCUUAUUUCUUUAAUUUGCUUAAACACACAUACAAUUAAAUCAUAAUAUCUAUACAUACACAGAAUUGUGCCUUAUAAUAGUAUAUUGUAUGACAUUAAUAAAACGGCCAUGUAAGUAAUUUUGUUAAGAAUAUUUAGCAAUAUUUAAUGACGAUAAAAGGGCACUUGUUUUCUAUUAUAAAAGUAAAUGAAAGAUAGUUUUAAGCGCUUGUGAUAAUUACUAUAUUAAUAUUAAUAUAUUUGUUUGAUACCAGAAAGAUGUACAUCUUUAUAAAAAAUAAGAAUAAAAUAAAAAAGUAAAUAGAAA